UGUCAUGUCAAGUAAAAUGUGACGGGAGAGGGUCCCAUGUUUUGCCUUUUGUAAAUUUACUUGUUGAUUUUAAAUAAGAAUUUAAUGAGAAUUUAGUGAACAAUUGUUAUAUCGCGACCAGGAUAGCUAUGUUAUAGUUGUAUAAGUGCACAAAGUGUUGGCGACUCAUCGUACCGCCUCUACAGCCGCCGAUUGUUCAGCAUUGCGGUGCGUCAUGGAGGACGACGUGACGUUCCUGUUCCAGCUGGGCGUGGUGCGGGACGCGGUGGCGGCGCCGGCGCACCUGCUCACACUCGCACACCUCAAGGAUCUCGCCGUCAAAUUCGUUCAUGAUAAGAUACCAGACAACGGGCUGAAUAGGUUGUCGGACCGGAUCCUCUUGUUCCGCCACGACUACUGCUCACCCAACGUGCUGCAGCUCAUCAACUCCGCAUCUGACGUCACUGACGAGACCCUCGUCGAGAUUGUGCUCACUGCCAACCCGCUACUGUGCGACGGAGGUGCAGAAGUUGCGCCUGCGCCACGUCCUCACGCACUCUCCGUACAUUCAUACAAGGCGCCUACAUUUUGCGAUUUCUGCGGCGAGAUGCUCUUCGGUUUGGUGAGACAGGGACUUAAAUGUGAAGGUUGCGGGCUAAAUUACCACAAGCGUUGCGCUGUAAAGGUGCCGUCGAACUGCACGUGCCCGGUGUCGGCGGGCGCGGGCAGUGCGUGCGGCGCGGGCAGUGCGGGCAGCGUGGGCAGCGCGCGGCGCGUGUCGGGCCGCAGCCCCAGCCGCGCCAGCACGCACAGCCACGCCUCGCACGACGACUCCUUGAGUGUGGCCGUUGGGCAGCUGUCCCGCGCGGGGUCGCUGGGCGGCUGGGGCGGCGCGGCCAUCCCGCACACGUUCGAGGUGCACUCGUACACGCGGCCCACGGUGUGCCGCCACUGCAAGAAGCUGCUGCGCGGCCUGUUCAAGCAGGGCCUGCAGUGCAAGGACUGCCACUACAACGCGCACCGCAAGUGUAUCCCCUUCAUACCCAAGGACUGCGGCGGCGAGAUACGCGACCAGCACAGUGAGUCACGUCAGACUAACCUACAUAUCUUCAGCGCAGGCGAGUACCAGGACAGUAGCACGGGCAGCGAACUGUCGGAGUCAGCGCGACUGCCCGACGAAGAGUCAGAUGACGGCGGGAACGAGGCGGCUGAGAGUGCAACCGGGGACGAUGGAGAGGUGGAGCUCCGCCGCCGCCCGGACGAGCCGCAGCGCGACAGUCUGCCGGACCGGUCCGCCAGCCGCCCCAGCAGCUCGUCCUCCUCGCCCAGCGCCAACAUACCACUCAUGCGCAUCGUACAGUCCGUCAAACACACCAAGAAGAGGGACGGACAGUGGCUCAAAGAGGGCUGGCUCGUACACUUCACGAAUAAGGAUAAAACUUUGAAACGUCACUACUGGCGUCUGGACAGCAAAUCGAUCACAUUGUUCACAUCGGAACAAGGCAGCAAGUACUACAAGGAGAUCCCGCUCAACGAGAUCCUGGCUAUCGACACUGCUAGGCAACCACAUCCCGGGACAGACGUGAUGCACUGCUUCGAGGUGCGCACGGCCAACGUGGACUACCUGGUGGGCGUGGAGGAGGCCUGGGCCGGCGCCGCGCCGCCGCCGCCCGACUCGGGGCUCGGCGCCUACCUCGCGCGCUCCUGGGAGACCGCCGUGCGCCACGCGCUACUGCCCGUCACGCACCACUCGGUGUCAUUCCCGUGUAUAGCCGAGGCCCGGGGCUGCGCGCUGGCGGAGGCGGAGGGCGAGGGCAGCACGGAGGAACGAGUCACUGACAUGGCGCAACUCUACCAGAUCUAUCCAGACGAGGUGCUCGGCUCCGGACAGUUCGGCAUCGUCUACGGAGGCCUGCAUCGACGCUCUAAGAGACCUGUCGCCAUCAAGGUGAUAGACAAACUCCGGUUUCCCACCAAACAAGAAGCUCAGUUGAAGAACGAGGUGGCCAUACUUCAGAACUUGUCACACCCUGGUGUCGUCAACUUGGAGCGAAUGUUCGAGACACCCGAGCGGAUCUUUGUGGUGAUGGAGAAGUUGAAGGGAGACAUGCUCGAGAUGAUCCUGUCACAUGAGAACGGCAGGCUCACGGAAAGAAUCACUAAAUUCUUAGUGGCACAGAUCCUGGUAGCUCUGAAGCACUUGCACGAGAAGAACAUCGUGCACUGCGACCUCAAGCCAGAGAAUGUCCUGCUGUCCACGGAUGAAGAGUUUCCGCAAGUCAAACUCUGUGAUUUUGGCUUCGCCCGAAUCAUAGGGGAGAAAUCUUUCAGGAGAUCCGUGGUCGGGACGCCAGCGUAUCUUGCUCCAGAAGUCCUUCGCAACAAAGGAUACAACCGGUCACUGGACAUGUGGUCGGUGGGUGUGAUCAUAUACGUGUCGCUGUCGGGCACGUUCCCCUUCAACGAGGACGAGGACAUCAAUGAACAGAUACAGAACGCUGCCUUCAUGUACCCGCCCACGCCGUGGAGGGAGAUCUCUGCCGAAGCGAUCGACCUGAUCAACAACUUGCUGCAAGUGAAGCAGCGCAAGCGCCUGUCGGUGGACAAGUCGGUGGCGCACGCGUGGCUGCAGACGCGCGGCGCGUGGCGCGACCUGCGCGCGCUCGAGGCGCGCGUGGGCGCGCGCUACCUCACGCACCCCAGCGACGACGCGCGCUGGGCCGAGCGCUGACCGGGGCCGGCCGCAUGCGGGCCGCGCUACGUCUCCCCGGCUGGUAACGUGGUCACGACCCUCGUAAUAUCUUACACAUAUACUCUGCACAAUUCAAUUCAAAUGUUUUCUUAUAAACAUUUGAAUGGUUAUAUUCAAUAGAGCCGACAAUACGUUGGAUAUGAUAUUGUUAAUGCAAGAUUUGUAUUUUAUAGAUGUUUUACCGAGAGAGUUAUGGUACUUCAAUGACAAAUGCUACGCACUUAGUGCUGUCUUCCGAAGUACCAAAUGAUGGUUGUCAAAUAACUGCAUUCCUACAUAGUAACAACUGUUUUGUUUUAGCUGUUUUUAUUUAUUUGUGCGGUUUUUAUACUUAGUUUAAUUUGAAAUAUAUUUUACAUUUCCGUUUGAAUAUGAUGUUGUGAACAAUAAAAAUAUUAUUUUAAGUUAUUUACUUUUAAGUGUUAUAAAGAGAGAGGGCGUUACUGUGUUAUGGCCCAAUAUUUAGUGUCACAAAUAGAUAAGCUAGAGAACUUAAAUUCCUGUGCAUUAAAUAUGUUCCGCGAUAAUACAGGUAAUACUCCACAAGUCACAAACAAUGGUAACAUUAUAAUGAACGAAGCGCUUCCUUUCACAUAAUUACCAAGUUUACAAGCAAAGUCCCUUGCAACCUGUUUCCCCAAUAAUCAAGUACAUAUUUGUUCGUGUAUUAAAAUACUUUUUAAUUAACUUGUAAUAUUAUCUAACUCACUUCUUAUCUUAAGCGAAAACCUAGUCUAUAAGAAUGUGAACUCUAUCUUCUAAGUAAUAAGUACACUAAUGUUAGAAUAAUAAUUUUGCAGCUGUUUUGUACAGUGUACAAUGUUUUAUGUUAUUUAUUAUUUACUAAACAAUGUAGACACGAUAUUAGUACAGUUUGGUUAUGUUUGUCGAGUUACUGCUGACGUGCGACUAAUGUUACUGAGUAUUAGUUAUACCUAUCCAACUCUACUUCAGAGACUAGUUUUAAUUCUUCUCUAGCAUUCAUGCAACAUGUAUGCUAAGCCUACAAAUCGACGGCCUAAGAGGUUAAAGGAAUAACCUGAUAUAGAAUAUUCGAUAGAAAACAAUGACAUGUUGUUGCAUCGUUAAUUAUAUUAAUGUUGUAGUAAUAAGUAACGGGUAUGGGACUGGUGACGAUGUAUGUGUUAGCUUAUAGGUACGCGAUCAAAGUAAUACUUGUAAGCAGAUAUUAAUACUUUUUGGAUUUGUUUUAUGAAAUUAAACAACAACUAGAGUAGUGCCAACGUUUUACAUUUUAACUAUAUGGAUAUUUUGUAAAUACUUUAGAAAAAAAUGGCAGUCUUCCCUAUUUUGUUAAAAGUACACUCCAAUUCAAGUACAUGCAAUAUAUACAAUAUAAAAUGUCGGAUAUUUUUUAAUUUUAAUAUAUUUUAGCUCUCAUCACAUAUACAUUUUAAGAAUGUUACGUAUGACAAAAAUAUCGAUUGUAACAAAUGUUUUGAUAUUAGGGAUCGUUAAUAUGGAACAGGGCUGUCCAAACAGAGGCCCGCGGGCUGCAUGCGGUCCGCGACUUGUUUUCACAUGGCCCGUGACGCACGUUUUAAUCUCAACAUCUAUUUUUAUGUGUAAUAAAUAACAAUAAUAAAAUUCGUGUAUGAUUUGUUUACAAGUUUUGUCUGUGAGUAAAGAAUACAACGUUGAACGACAUUAUACAACUGAAAACAUUUCUCUGGCCCUCCAGCUUUUGUAAGGAAUUUAAUUAGCCUGCGAGGUUAUAUAGUUUGGACAGCCCUGAUAUAGAAGAAAGAUUUUAAGAUUGUUGAGAGGUGGGUAAAUGCUGUGAAUGUUUACUAUUGAUAGCAACGCACUGCGUUGGAGUAUGACCUGCUAUUUUUGAAGCGGGUUGCUCGACAAUAUUUUACAUAUUUUUCUGCCUCAAUCGCCUUACUUCCAACUGUAUGUAGCCGUGUAAUAUUACAAGGCACUUGUCACGUUAUUUUGCCGCUGUGUGCGGGAUCUGACAAAAUCCAUGACAUCUGUCUUGCUGGUGUGUCGUAGUGUGUGCUAGGGAUAUGUGACAGAAGGGACCUAAGUUAUGGUAUACGUCGUCA